GUUAGAUAUCCCUUAGACUGUCCCCGGGACAGGUGAGGCUGCUGAUCCCUUAUUUUCGAGGCUGCUGAUCCCUUAUUUUCAAAUCUGAAAGUUGACAGCUAUGGUCCACGUUCAGCUCUCCCUGGGUGAUCGUGGGCCAUACGCUUACCUCGCAGGGCUGUUGUGGAGCAAAAGGGGGAGGGCAUUUCUCUGAUGAAAAUAGGGAGGUGUUAUUCCACAAUAAUUUUAUUAUUUGUACCCUGCCCAUCUGACUGGGUUGCCCCAGCCACUCUGGGCAGCUUCGAACAUAUAUAAAUACAUUAAACAUUAAAAAAGACCCCCUGAAGGGCUGCCUUCAGAUGUAUAGUUAUUUAUCUCUUUGGCUAGGCGUCACAUACCCUCCAAAUUUUCUCCAAUGAAAAUAGGGACAUCUGAUGGAAAAGCAGGACAUUCCAGGAUCAAAUCAGAAACGGGGAUGGCUUCUGUAAAUCUGGGACUGUCCUUGGAAAAUAGGGACACUUGGGGGGUCUGGGAAGAGGAACGCUGCCAGAGUAAACCCUGAAGAGGGCAGUCAAAAUCUGGGGGGGGGGGCCUCACAAAUUAUCUCCUAAUACAUUUUUAUAAUUUUCUUUCAAGAUCAAAUCAAUAUUACUUUGGUCAGUUGUUGUGGGGCCCCAUAGGCCAAUGCCUACUUUGCCUAUUUGGUAAAGCAAGACCUUCAUGCUGUGAGCGCCUCCUUCAUAAGCUCGGGUUGUUUAUAUAUGCAGAUAAACCAUAUAUCAUGAAAUAUAUAUACCCCUCAUUCCAAGGAAACAGAGGGCUGGGCAAACAUCUGGAAUUUUGCACUGCUUAGAGAUUGGGGUGUGUACAUCAGUAAUAUAUACAGCAGGCAUGUCCAACCAGUAGAUCACGAUCUACCAGUAGAUCCCUGGUAGAUCGCAGGAUCAUCCAAAAAAUAGUUCAACAACUCUGUUCAAUCCUCCCCCCAAAAAGCUCAGCAACCCUUGGCAGAGUCAGUGUGGUGUAGUGGUUAAGAGUGGUGGACUCGUAAUUAGGUGAACCGGGUUCACUUCCCCGCUCCUCCACAUGCAGCUGCUGGGUGACCUUGGGCCAGUCACACUUCUUUGAAGUCUCUCAGCCCCACUCACCUCACAGAGUGUUUGUUGUGGGCGAGGAAUGGAAAGGAGAUUGUUAGCUGCUUUGAGACUCCUUAGGGUAGUGAUAAAGCGGGAUAUCAAAUCCAAACUCUUCUUGGCAACCCUCCCCUUCCACUCAUCCACCCCACGCAUGCUCCUCCUCCCUCCAAUGACAAUGGGUAAAUCAUUACCAGUUUUUUUUUAUAUACUGGGAGUAGAUCAGUCCCUUGGACAUGCCUGAUAUACAGUAUAUAAACUUUUGAACUGACCUCUGCUUUGAACACUCCUGCCCUCUAAUUCCAGAUGUGUACCAGAGGUGUCCUGUGAUUACAUGGUCUGCUUCACUGCAUAAAAGGUAAGGGGACCCCUGACCAUUAGGUCCAGUCGCGGAUGACUCUGGGGUUGCGGCGCUCAUCUCGCUUUAUUGGCUGAGGGAGCCUGCGAACAGCUUUCGGGUCAUGUGGCCAGCAUGACUAAGCCGCUUCUUGCGAACCAGAGCAGUGCACGGAAAAGCCAUUUACCUUCCCACCGGUGCGGUACCUAUUUAUCUACUUGCACUUUCACGUGCUUUCGAACUGUUAGGUUGGCAGGAGCAGGGACCAAGCAAUGGGAGCUCACCCCUUCGCGGGGAUUUGAACCGCCAACCUUCUGAUCGGCAAGUCCUAGGCUCUGUGGUUUAACCCACAGCGCCAUAGUCUUGCCUUUAUCUCUGCUUCUUUUAAUUCUCUCUGCAUUACACAGGUCCAUUGGCUUAGGUAGACUUCUGAGUGCCAGCAUGCAUUUCUACUCAUCCUGGUACGCUUGUGCCACACUGCACACCAUUGUGAGAAAAUAACCACACCAAAUAGAACCAAACAACAAAGACCUUGCAGCACCUUAAAUACUAGGGGUUGUGUCCCACAGUAGUCCUACUCAGAGUAGACCUAGUGAAAUGAUUAGGACUGAUUUAGGUGCAUUAAUUUUGAUGUGGCUUAUUUAAGGGGGGGGGAAUAACUGAAUACCACCUUUCUGACAGUAAGAGCCAUUUGCCAGUGGAAUGGUCUACUUUGGGAAGUGAUGACUCUCCUUCCUUGGAGGUUUUAAGCAGAGGUUGGCUGGCCAUCUGUCAUGGAUGCUUUAGCUGAGAUUCCUGCAUUGCAGGGGGUUGGAAUAAAUGACCCUUGGGGUCCCUUCCAACUCUACGAUUCUAUGAACCCCAGCACAUUUAUUACCAAAAUGGUCAAAGGCCUGGAAACGAUGCCUUAUGAGGAACGGCUAAGGGAGCUGGGCAUGUUUAGCCUGGAGAAGAGGAGGUUAAGGGUGAUAUGAUAGCCAUGUUCAAAUAUAUAAAAGGAUGUCACAUAGAGGAGGGAGAAAGGUUGUUUUCUGCUGCUCCAGAGAUGCGGACACGGAGCAAUGGAUCCAAACUACAAGAAAGAAGAUUCCACCUAAACAUUAGGAAGAACUUCCUGACAGUAAGAGCUGUUCGACAGUGGAAUUUGCUGCCAAGGAGUGUGGUGGAGUCUCCUUCUUUGGAGGUCUUUAAGCAGAGGCUUGACAACCAUAUGUCAGGAGUGCUCUGAUGGUGUUUCCUGCUUGGCAGGGGGUUGGACUCGAUGGCCCUUGUGGUCUCUUCCAACUCUAUGAUUCUAUGAUGGCACAAGCUUUCAUGGAGUAGACUGCCUUUCAUCAGAUGCAUAAAAUGUUAUCCUGAGUUACAAGUGUACACCUGGGGGUGGGGACAGAACUGCAAACAGUGCAACCAGAGGGAAAUGAAAUACAGAAAGUACAACAAGGAUAACAAAAGCAUUUGGGGAGCUCUUGCAGACAACCUGUGUAUUUCACAUUUAUCCUGAUUUUCUCGCACUAAGCUCAUGUGCCAAUAGUUAACCUGGGUUUGAAUUUACACACACCCUAGUGGAAAAGAGACGAUUGUAACGAAAUGGUUUAUCGAUUCACAACGAUCAGUCCAGAAACUUUCUGGGAGGGCUACAUUUGACCUUGGGUGUGAGGUUCCUGCUGGAGACACAUUAGAUAUCUACAUUUCCCCCCAAAACAAUCCAAGUUUGUUAUGGUUUUGCCAGCAGCAGUGUUGCCUGAUGAUGGUCUCCUUGGCAUCUUACCAGACACGCUUUUCUUAUCAAGUAGCGUCAACACAGGUGCCAAAGUCACACAUUGGCUGUCAAUUCUCUUCGGUACAAGGUUCAAACUCCCAAGCACCUUGCACGCAGCUGGACUUUUAAAUUGCGGUCAUCCAUUUUAAACCCACCAUGGCUGUUCUGAUGUUUAAUGAGUUCAGUGGUGCCUUACAGCUAGCAUGGCUGGAGUAACACCAAUUAAGGUAGACUAUUCCCAGAUGUUGCUGGGUCUCUAAAAAGUAAUUUUAUUGAUUUUAAAGAAUACAAAGAUUCAGAAUAACCAUACAAUGUGGAAGGCACUUAGUUCAAGAAAUAAUUAAUACAGAAAUAUGCAAUAAACGAAAGAAAAAUUCAGGAUGCAGGGGUAGGAAGGGUACCGAUUAGGAGUUUAUUUACACAUUUCUUAACUAUAAACAGAAAACAGAAAGAUUUGUCUUGGAUUUAUGCAUUGAUGUAUAUAGAGAGCAUAUUGGGAAGGGGGAGGGAAGAUUGUCAUCUUAGAGCAACCAUGGAUCUGAAUGCUGGUCACAGGUUAAAAUAGUGCAAGUCAUCCUUUACAUAAUUAAUAACAUCAUAACAUAUUACAAAUAAUUUGUUUUGCCCUCUUGCUACUCUUAAAGUGCAAGUGAGUUUUUCCCAAUAAGGCUAUCUCCCACGGUUUGUUGUACCAGGUUAAGAGGGUAGCCCCAUUUAAAUCUUUCCAGUGUUUGGUAAUAAUUCCACUGGCAGCGAACGUUGAAUGAGACACCAUCUCUCUGCAGUGUGCGGGUACAUCUCCAGCUUCAGACAAACUGAGGUGGGGAAGUGACCACACAGUUAACAAUUUAACUAUUUCUUGACAAACUGAGUUCCAGAAGGGUUGUAUUUUGGGAAUCCACCAACCGGUUUCAAACUUCCUGUACUAAUGAGAAAUAAUUUGAUUUCCCCCCUGAGUAUUGUCAUAUGUCCUUUUCUUUUUGUUGCUGCUCAAAAUGUUCACAGUUUACUCCCUUCCUUCCUUCCGUGGCUUCACUAUUCUGCAGCCAGAACCCAUUGCUUAUUUCUGCCUUAUUUCCUGGCCCAAUGUAACAUCCCUGAGUAACUCUGUCGUCAGUCAAAGUAGAGUGACUGUCCCAGGGAGGAGAUGAAGGGUAAUGUGGAGGCAAGUGGUCUCUUCCCUGCCCUGGCCCUGUGGACUACAUUACAUUACCUAAGCAAGCUGACUACCUCCAAGUGCUGUGGAAGAUGGUGGUCCAUCAAUAGCAUGGAAGCAAGAUUCAACUGCCACUCAAUCAGUUUUUGGAUUGGGGUGGGAGAAUCACCCUUCUCAACAGGCAGCAAAAUGUAUUAAGCUGGUGCCAACGCUUCAAAAACUUACCAGUUGCAAGUAAUUGCACGACAGCUCAGCAAAAGAAAUAAGACUCUCUGCUAUGUGUUUAUUUGUUUUGCUUCCAUUUAUCUAAUGAAAUCAUGUCAGUUCUCUAGUUUUGUUUUUACUUGAAGUCUAUCAAAUGUAAUGUUUAAUUUUCAUUUUGAUCAGGUGCAACUAGAACUUGAUUUUCCCCCAGUUUCAAUUAUGUUUAGCUUUUAUUUUAUUCUGCCUAUUACAAAACAACAAACCUUAUGUGUGUGAGAUUAUCUCCUAGGAAGAGCAAUUUGGGGGCGAGGGAGAUAAUCACAACUUUGCAACUACCUAAUUUGGUUGUUACAGUGUCACUUCACUAGCCUGAUUCACACUUAAUGUCCAGCCAUGGUUUCUUUUAAAGACCAUAAGUUAACCACAAGUUGUCCCUCAGAUGAUCAAAUAAACCACAGCUUUAUCUCCAUUUUUUUGUUUUGUUUUCCAGCUGCUCUUGCCUUGUUCCUUUGUAGCUCAGUAAGGAUCUGAGGAAUGGCUAAACAAAUCAAAAAAAGGUGCUUGGACAGCACUUAACUCCAAGCCACAAGAGCUAAAACAAACCAAGGAUUAUAAACCAACAACAAAUAAUGGCUUCAGAGAAGUAAUUUAACAAACCAUGGCUUAGCAUUAUGUGCAAACUAGGCCAUUUUAUGACGUACGUUUAGGAAAACAGAAAUAGAAUUUUCGCCCAGCCAGUCCCUGACAACAAGAGAGAUUGGCAGUCUUGAACUAGGCCUGCAUGAGACAAAAGUGUGACUUACUCUGUGCAAAACACCAGUCUAUGGCUUUGGUGGUCCCACUAGAAAUCUAAUGAGGGUUGCAGGAUCUGUUGGGAGUGCUAAUGCUGUGAACCUUCCGUCAUACCCUCAGUAUGCAAUUAUGUGCAAAUAAGCCUUAUAUUUAGUUACCUUCUAAUGUGAGCUUAAGUUGGGAGGUAGCAGCAGCCUUCUCACUUCAGUUGCUAUCUACAAAUACACACUUGUAUAUUGGAUGGGUGGGGCUGGUUGUCUCUGCUGCAUUUUGGAUCUGCUCCGUAGAUAUUAUGGUCCCCAUACGUUAGUUGUUGUAGUUUAUAUUGCUACUGAAGAGGAUAGCUUGUGGUUUAUAUUGCUAUUUAAGAGGAUAUCUUAUCUAACCGUUCUGUGCUGCUCUAAAAUUUAGAAUUUUAAUUCUAUACACAUCAAUACUUACUAAUACCAAGGACCACCACACUGGUUGUGUCCACUCCGCUCUAUUUCCAAAACAUGUUUAACACACAAUUCACAAACUCACACACAAUUCACAAACUCGUCACACCCAAACAAGAGACAUCCUGUGGUUAAAAGAACAAACGCAACUAGCUUUUAGGCCAAGCUACACUAGGCAAUUGACAAACCCACAAUAUGUUUGUGGGCAAUUUUCAGCACCUCCUUUCUCUAGAAGUCAAUCGGCCCCAUUAUAAUUGCCUCAAUUUAUGACGGUUAUCUGUGCUAGUCAUCUUCCAUUUUUGCCACAAACAGCCUUGACUGAUAUGAUCAGAGGCUCACGAGAAACCAAAAGAGGAGGCAAAAAUCAUCUGUUUUUUAUAGCAUCACCAAGCCUUUUAAAAGUCUGAAAAUUAUUAUUAACGUUGGUUCUUUCAUUUUGGUGGCUGCUAACCAAAUCCAAACCAAAUAUCUAUAUGUACAUUUUACAGCAGUCCACAAACAUGCUACACGUUAAGUCAUACUUACCCUUCAAAGUAUUCUACACCACCCGCAUCACAGUAUGCUACAAGUACAUGCAAGGAGCUGUGUACUAAAUGUGAUCCUGCAAACUCAAGCAAUAGUAGCACUUGAAACAUGCACAGACAGCACAAGUAUUUGCCAUCACUUAUCCUUCCCACACAUCCUUCUGCAAUAGGUAAGUCAAUGCUCACAGUUACAGUUCUGCAAAAAGAUGAAUUAAGACAGUGAGACAAUCACAUGGGGAAGACCACAAGCCAGUGUGUGAUCCCAUUCCCAAAUGUGCUCCAUUUGCAAGAGUGAAUCCAGCUGCUAGAGUCAGUAAGGUUUUUAGGAGGAGGUACAUGCCACAAACUUUCUCCAGCAGUGAAAGGAAGCAGGAAAUGAACAGUCAGUAUCUGCUGAGCUUUCUGGAGUAUAUUUCUAGUUGUGUAUCAUGUUUGUCAAUGCAACAGGUUUCACUUUGUAUGUGCUGUGACAGUCUGCCCCCAUGUGGCUUUAUUUGGACAUAGAAUGAGACUGAGUGCCUUUCAAUAGGGGUGGGGAAUGUGUGGUCUUACAGAUGUUCUCAGACCACUCUAUUCCUUCCCAUUAGUAAUACUGGCUGGGAGAAGUAAAAAGUGAGGGUUCAACAGCAACUGGAAGGCCAAAGGUUAUCCCUGCACUAUAAUGGUCUCCCCUUGAGAAAUAGAAGAUCUUCAAUGAUGGACAAAGGGUUGCCUAGUUGGUCACCAAUGGUGAGGCAGUUGCUAUUUGCCUCAACAGUGAGGCUAGGAAGGGCACAGCAAUUUGCAAGUGGGCAGCAACAAAGGAACAGCAAGACACUUCUGCCCAUCCCAAGGCUUUCUUUGUUGCUUUCACAUCUGUGUGACCACCCCACAAGGCUAAGCUGUGAGCACUGGAGGCCAUGGGUACUUUGGCACCCACUAUAAUAUAUUUGUGGGGCUGAGGUCCCACAAAGUCAAUGGGCAAAGUUGAAGCCCUUUGUUGUGGGCACCCACAAACUUCGGCGCAAGAGCUGUGAGCACCUGUCAAAAGAGGAGCCAGGAGUUGUGUCAGAAGCAAGGCUGAAAAGACCAAAGGUGCUCCAAAGUUCCAGCUGAAACACAAAGCCAUUUAAGAGGAUCCAGGGGCUAGCUUGAGUUUGGUGAGGCUGGUCCAGAGCCUGGGAAUACUGUUCCGCACUGCCCAGGAAGACGAUCCAAUUUGCACCUCUGUGGUUCACCACAGGGGGAAGCCGCAUGAAGAGAAAAACAUGGUUCUUUAUACAGCCUUUAAUCUGCUUCCAAACUCAAAAGGAGAGGAAGUCUGGUGUGGACCCAUUUAGAGGUAAUAUAUACUGCAAUGCACUCUACAUGGGUUUUCCCUGGAAAAUGGUCUGGAAGCUGCAACACGGUUAUUGGUUGCAGCCAGACAGGAUCAUGCCAUUCCAAUCCUAAAGAUACUGCAUUGGCAGCUGCUAAGUCGCCAAGCCCUGUUCAUGGUCAGCUGGCAAUCUGGUUUAUAUGUAAACUCCUCUGAAUUCACUGGAUUAACAUUUGCAUAAAUAUGCAUAGGUCUAGAUGGAAAAACCUUAACUUUUGCUUUUUAAAUAAACCAAAAAUCCUUCCAUGCUUUUUUCCCCCUUGUGUGGUGCAAAUAGUUGAAGAUACUGUAAGCUGCGAAGAGCAUUGCGUUUUGAAUACUGUAGAAAUAAGAAAGUUAAUUGCAAAUAAUCCAACACAGAAUCAUAGAAUUGUACAGUUAGAGGAUACCAUAGGGGUUAUGUAGUCCUGCAAUGCAGGAAUCUCAACUAAACACUAGUGAAAUAAUCCUGGAUUAGGAGUAAUUUUUUAAAACAGAGAACACAGAAGCUUUAGCUUCUUAAAAAAUUACAGGGAUAAAAAAAAUAAAAAUCUUCCCUCCCUCCCACCUUCUAUUUCACCGAACAUGCACAAGAACCACAGAAUCAACCCUUAAGUAAAAGCCGCGCGCUCAGUACACUCACAAGAGCGCCAGCAAAUUUUAGCUUCGCGCCCAAUCACAGCCUUGCCGCUUUAAGCCCCCUCCCACCUACCAAUCAGACACGUCGAGCGCCAGGCCCCGCCCACUCCGAGCGGUUUUUGGCGCGCUUUUGGAGCAGGCCGCUUUUCCGCGCGCCGUUGCUAGGAGACGUCGGAGGAGGCCGUCAUUUCCGUUACGGGCCGCUUCCCCCCCCCCGCCCCGAGGAUGAGGAGCCGCGAGGAAGUAGAUGCCACCCUGCACGUCGCCAAGUUGGACCCGGCGGAGCUGCUCCCCGCGGCGCAGUGCCUCAGCUUCAGCGCCGAGGCGGCGGACGCCGGGGAGUGCCGCCUCUUGCAGCUGGAGCCGGAGCUUUGCGCCGAGUUGGAAGCGGGGCGGAGGUACGCAUGCGCACGCUGCCGGUGGGGGGGAAAAGAGCGGGUAAAACGGUACUUUCUAGGACUCGGCUCUGUGGUUGCGCUUGGCUCUAGUCUACAGCGACCCCAGACGGCGUGGAGGGUUAAUAGCAUUUCUUAGGGAGCUCCCACGUGGAGCGCGCAUCACGGUUUUUAUAUACAAGUUCAGAGACACCCCUUCCUUACUAGGAGCCCCCCAAAAUCAGGAUGACUGGCUUUUCAGAUUUUGGAGCAAUAAACAUUUACCGCUUGAAAAGACUGCUUUGAAAGUGUGCCCCGCUUUAACUGACAGCCAGUUUUUUUAAAAAAAUAUAUUUUAAAGUGUUAUUAAACUUAUUAUUAUUAUGCAUUAAUUUUACCCAGCCUUUUCCCCUUGGUGGGAUUCAAGGCUGGACUACAGAUGAAAACAGAGAACUGCCUUACUCGCCUUUAUGUCAAGGCUGGAUGAUCAACAUUUAGAAAUUGUGGGUUGCAAUGCAUUCGUGUUUUAUCAGAUUGCUCUUCAAUAAGUCCUGGUGGUUAAUGACUUCAGUUGGAUGCAUCCUGUAUGCAGGAUUGUAAGCAUUUAUACUUCUGGUUACACCUUAGUGGAUUGCAGAGUGGUGCAGCCUUAGACUUGCAGGACAUAUUUGUACAGUCUGUAUGCACAACAAAGUACUGAAAUAGCAAAGACUGUUGUGGCCUGCCUUAUUGUCUGCACUUCUGGGUUGUUAAAAAUAACAACAACACAGUGAAGCAUGUGUUGAAGUAGGGCCCAAAUGUUGUGAGUCAAAUGGGGAGAAUGAAGUUAGUUUGGCUGGGUUUUUUGCUUGUUUGUUUUUAACAUUGAGCAAGUCAAAUUUGGGGUCUGCAUAAAAGGCGGAUCUACACGGAUCCUCAUGGAUCCUCCACUUUUUAAAAAAUAAUUCCAACAAAUGCAGUGUCAAAUCACACCUAGAAGGCACGCCUACAAACUGGACUAUAAAAAACGUGGAUCCAACACUUUACCGCGCUGCAGCACCACAAAAACAUGGAUCCGAGGCACGGAUCCUCAUGAAUUCAUAUGAUUUUUAUAUUGAAACAAAAUAAAAACACCAUGAUACUGUAGACCACAUCUUAGUCGGUAGGAGGAACCAAAAAAAUCACGCAUCCACUGUUUCGUGGUGCCGCAAUGGCGCAAAAACAUGGUUAAAAACACGGAUCCUCAUGAAUCCUCAUGAUUUUUGCACUAGAUCAGCCCAAACUCACUUUCAAAUUACACAUCAUGUCCAGGGGCACAGCAUCCACCACAGAAAUCACGGAUCCAUGGCUUCCUGGCCAUACCAUGGCCCAAAAACGUGGUUUUCAAGAACGGAUCCUCAUGGAUCCUCACACUUUUUGCAUUGGGCCAACCCAAACUCAUCGUCAAAUCACACAUCAUGUCCAGGGGCACAGCCUACACCACAAAAAACUUGGAUCCACGCCUGCCUGGCCACGCCCUGGCCCAAAACGUGGUUCCGAAGCACGGAUCCUCAUGAAUCCUCAUGAUUUUUGCACUAGAUCAGCCCAAAGUCACCAUCAGAUCAAACAUCAUGGCCAGCAGCACAGCAUGCAACACAAAAAUCACGGAUCCACGGCUUCCUGACCAUACCGUGGCCCAAAACGUGGUUUUGAAGCACGGAUCCUCAUGGGUCCUCAUGCUUUUUGCAUUGGGCCACCCCAAACUCACUGUCAAAUCACACAUCAUGUCCAGGGGCACAGCCUGCACCAAAAAAAUCAUGGAUCCACGGCUUCCUGGCCACUCCAUGGCCCAAAAACGUGGUUCCGAAGCUCGGAUCCUCAUGGAUCCUCACGCUUUUUGCACUAGAUCAGCCCAAACUCACUGUCAAAUCACACAUCAUGUCCAGGGGCACAGCUUACACCACAAAAAACUCAGAUCCACGGCUUCCUGGCCACUCCAUGGCCCAAAACGUGGUUUUCAAGAACGGAUCCUCAUGGAUCCUCACACUUUUUGCAUUGGGCCAACCCAAACUCACUGUCAAAUCACACAUCAUGUCCAGGGGCACAGCCUACACCACAAAAAACUCGGAUCCACGCCUGCCUGGCCACGCCCUGGCCCAAAAACGUGGUUCCGAAGCACGGAUCCUCAUGAAUCCUCAUGAUUUUUGCACUAGAUCAGCCCAAAGUCACCAUCAGAUCAAACAUCACGGCCAGCAGCACAGCAUGAAACACAAAAAUCACGGAUCCACGACUUCAUGGCGAAACCGUGGCCCAAAAACUUGGUUCCGAACCACAGAUCCUUAUGGAUCCUCACGCUUUUUGCAUUGGGCCACCCCAAACUCACCAUCAAAUCACACAUCAUGUCCAGAGGCACAGCCUGCACCACAAAAAUCACGGAUCCACGGCUUCCUGGCCACUCCAUGGCCCAAAAACGUGGUUUUGAAGCACGGAUCCUCAUGGAUCCUCACGCUUUUUGCAUUAGGCCACACCUAAAUCACUGCCAAAUACACAUCAUGGCCAGGGGCACAGCAUCCACCACAAAAAACUGAGAUCCGCGGCUUCCUGGCCACUCCAUGGCCCAAAAACGUGGUUUUGAAUCACAGAUCCACACCGAUCCUCACACUUUUUGCAUUGGGCCAACCCAAACUCACUGUCAAAUCACACUUCAUGUCCAGGGGCACAGCCUGCACCACAAAAAACUCAGAUCCAUGGCUUCCUGGCAACACCAUGGACCAAAAACGUGGUUUUGAAGGUCGGAUCCUCACGGAUCCUAACGCUUUUUUCAUUGGGCCAGCCUAAACUCACCAUCAAAUCACACAUCGUAGUCAGGGGCACAGCCUGCACCACAAAAAACUCUGAUCCACGGCUUCCUGGCAACUCCAUAGCCCAAAAACGUGGUUUCGAAGCACGGAUCCUCGUGGAUCCUCACACUUUUUGCAUUGAGCCAGCCCAAACUCACCGUCAGAUCACACAUCAUAGCCAGGGGCACAGCCUGCACCACAAAAAACUCGGAUCCACGGCUUCCUGGCAACACCGUGGACCAAAAACCUGGUUUUGAAGCACGGAUCCUCAUGGAUCCUCACACUUUUUGCACUAGAUCAGCCCAAAGUCACUGUCAAAUCACACAUCAAUGUCCAGGGGCACAGCCUGCACAACAAAACCUCGGAUCCACGGCUUCCUGGCAACACCGUGGACCAAAAACCUGGUUUUGAAGCACGGGUCCUCAUGGAUCCUCAUGCUUUUUGCACUAGAUCAGCCCGAACUCACCGUCAAAUCCCACAUCAUGGCCAGGGGCACAGCCUGCACCACAAAAAUCACGGAUCCAUGGCUUCCUGGCCACUCCGUGGCCCAAAACCUGGUUUUGAAUCACGGAUCCUCAUGGAUCCUCACGCUUUCGCAUUGGGCCAACCCAAACUCACCGUCAGAUCACAUGUCAUAGCCAGGGGCACAGCCUGCACCACAAAAAUCAUGAGUUGCACUACAAAAAUCACAAAAAUGCCCUUACCUGCACUGUUAAUGUCACCACUGCAAUAUUAUUAUUAGAGCCGAUAGGAGAAUAUAUGACUACCGUAUUUUUUGCUCUAUAGGACACAUUUUUUACCCUUCAAAAAUUAAGGGGACUGUGUGUGCGUCCUAUGGAGCGAAUGCAGGCUCCUUGGCUUCAGCGAUAGCAACACGAAGCCUCCGAAGCGCAGAGGGAGCGCUCCCUCCGCGCUCCAGAGGCUACGCGUUGUCUUCGCUGAAGCCUGGAGAGCGAGAGGGGUCGGUGGUUGCUGAACAACUCCAGGCAUGCCUGGAGGAUGCAGACAAUUUGGAUCCCUUCCAAUUGGGAUUCAGGUCUCAUCAUGGGACUGAAACUGCCUUGGUCGCGCUGGUUGAUGAUCUCCGGUGGGCUAGGGACAAAGGUGAGAGCUGUUUCCUAGUUCUGCUGGAUCUCUCAGCGGCUUUUGAUACAAUCGAUCAUAACAUCCUUCUGGACCGUCUAGAGGAGCUGGGAGCUGAGGGUACUGUCAUACAGUGGUUUCUCUCCUUCCUCCUGGACUGUGUCCAGAAAGUGGUGGUGGGGGAUGAGUGUUCAGACUUACUUGUGGGGUGCCUCGGGGUUCCGUCCUCCCCUCCAUGCUUUUUAAUAUCUACAUGAAGCUGCUGGGAGAGAUCAUCAGGGGGUUUGGGCGUGGUGUCCAUCAAUAUGCGGAUGAUACCCAGCUCUACCUCUCUUUCAACUCAGAACCAGUGAAGGCGGUGAAGGUCCUGUGUGAGUGCUUGGAGGCGGUUGGAGGAUGGAUGGCAGCUAAUGGAUUGAAGUUGAAUCCUGACAAUAUGGAAGUUCUGUUCUUGGGGGACGGGGUGGGCUGGUGUGAAGGACUCCCUGGUCCUGAAUGGGGUAACUGUGCCCCUGAAGGACCAGGUGCGCAGCCUGGGAGUCAGCUAGUCUGGUGACUGGGAGUGGCCACCAAGACCAUAUAACACAUGUCCUGAAAGACUUACAUUGGCUCCCAGUACAUUUCCGAGCACAAUUCGAAGUUUUGGUGCUGAACUUUAAAGCCCUAAAUGGCCUUGGCCCAGUAGACCUGAAGGAGCAUCUCCACGCCCAUCAUUCUGCCCAGACACUGAUGUUCAGCACCAAGGGCCUUCUGGUGGUUCCCUCACUGCGAGAAGCAAAGCGACAAGGAACCAGGCAGAGGGCCUUCUUGGUAGUGGCGCCCGCCCUGUGGAAUGUCCUCCCAUUAGAUGUCACAAGAGAUAAACAACUACCUGACAUUUAGAAGACAUCUGACCGCAGCCCUGUUUAGGGACGUUUUUAAUGUGUGACUUUUUAAUGUAGUUUUAUUUCAUUUUUUUUGGAAGCCACCCAGAGUGGCUGGGGAAACCCAGCCAGAUGGGCAGGGUACAAAUAUAGUAGUAGUAGUAGUAGUAGUAGUAGUAGUAGUAGUAGUACUUUGUAGGAUUUGAUAAUCUUUAUAGGUCUUUUAAAUUUCUAAUCUAUCUAUCUAUCUAUCUAUCCCCUCCCCCUUUUCCCUUUCUGUACUUCCCUAUCCUUAUAAAAUUGAAUAUAUAUAUAUUUUUAAAAUUUACGGCUCCACAGUUUUCUGGGUCGCCCCAUAUUCAUUACCCAACCACCUAUGCUGCUCAUGGCCAGAUCACUUUGGGGCACUGCCAUGCUGUAAAAGAUUCUCAUGAAGCACAGAUCCCCAUGUAUCCUUAGUUUUGUUAUGUUUGGUCACCCUGAAAUCACUAUCAAAUCACACAUGAUGUAUAUGACCACAGAAUGAACCACAAAAACCACAGAGCACAGCCAAGGAACAAACACUAUAUUAAAUACUUUAAUCCUCAUGGAUCGGCAUGAUUGUUAAAUGGACUCCACCAAAUUAUAUUGUAAGAUCACACCAAUGUCCGUGGAAUGACCGAAAUACAAACGCUAUCUGAAAUGGUUCUGCAUUAGCAAGAACAUUGUAUUAAAAUGACAUUCAUAUUCAUAGCUUCCACUGUGAAGAACUGCACCUGGAAAUUUUUGACGCUGCUAAACCUCAAGAAUAUCCAAGGCAGAGAUUGUGAUGAUCUUACCUGUGAAUGUAAAUUAUCAAACCAACUAGAUGGAUUGAACCACUCUGUGAUUGAUGCAACAACAUCCUUCUUAGCUUGUCUGUAUGGGAUGGAUUCAAAAUAUCCCUACAGUUUUGUGGCUGGUCAUUUUUUGCACCAACUGAUAUACCCAGGCAAGGUAAUUCCAGUGACUACGGUCCUUUCACAUGUACCAUUGCCCAUCUGAUUGCUUCUGCUGCCCAAUUACAGUUCAUACAAAAGGAUAUGGUUGCCAUUAGACCCUGGAUUGCAAAAGAAAUACCGUAAUACAGCACUGUGGUAAAACCUAUUCUGAAGGACAAGACAAAUAUUUUCAAGUGGAAAUUGAUGCUGUUCCUCCCAAGAAGAGACAAAUCUUGAACGAGAGUUACAUUACUGUGUUUCAAUCAUGCCCAGAGGGAUGGAAGGAUACACUAACCUAUUGCUCAGAUAUUUUACCUUCCUUGUUUGAAGGCUGCUGGUCACUAUGUUUCUUGAAGGAAGGGUGCAGGAGGCCCAGUGGUGACCUAACUAUGGUUUACUGUGAAGGAAACUGCAAGGACUGGUACUACUGCUUUCGCAUAGGCAUUGAUUCAAAAGAUCUUCCAGAGGUUUUCGUGUGUCCAGACUGUCAAUCCACUGUGGCCAAAUAGAUUUUGAAACUGCGAACUGUCAUAUUCCACAGGUUGGUAUAAUACAGCAAAAUCCAAACAUAUAGUUUUCAUCAUCAUAGCAGGGAUGGUCCUUUUCCAUAGAAUUAUUAUUUAUGGAGUUAGUUUUUACAUCGUGCUUUUCUCUACUUGAAGGAGUCUCAAAGUGGCUAAAAAUCUCCUUUCCCUUCCACCCCCACAACAGACACCUUGUGAGGUAGGUGGGGCUGAGAGAGUUCAGAGAGAAGUGUGACUGGCCCAAGGUCACCCAGCAGCCUGCAUGUGGAGGAGCGGGGAAGCGAACCCAGCUCACCAGAUUAGAGUCCACCGCUCUUAACCACUACACCACAGAAACAUAUCUCUUAAAACUCUGGAGCAAGCUGUUCAGUUCAGCCUCAUAGUGAUACUGAUUUGUGGAGGGAAGGUUGGUGAUGAGCAAGAUCUGUUCCCAUUUCCCAACACAGAGACCACAGAGCAGUUUCUUUUGGGGGCUGAACCUGCAGAGUGUUUCUGUUCAGAAUUUCUGUGGCAAAAAUUGGCUAAGUGCCUUUAUAAACAUUCAGCUUCUCAAAUCGAACCCCAUCAUGAAACUUUCAGGUGUAGCUGCUGGAGGUGGAGGGCAGAGAAGGUGCUAUUCCUUACCUCCCUCCUCCCAACCCCAUGAUCAGUUGCCCAAUGGGCUGAAUUUCAGGGCUUUUGCAUGUAAAGGGCAAGCUUGUUCUUUACUUGUUUAGAUCUUUAAACUUGGGAACAGAUAUAUGGCUCCAUGACCAAAAUGGUCAGCUUCUAGAGGACUGGAAAGAUCAUGAUUGUACUUCCCCUACCCUCAGCCCUAACCCCGUUGAGUAUUUUUGUUAUGAGACUGAGUGUUUGGGGCUGAUGCUAUAGCAUUCUUGUCUGGGGGCUUGAUGGAAAAACAGAAAAGUGACCCUCACCUAACUCUCCAAUGCCCUUCAACGAGAAUGCUGUAGGAAAUAUUGCUAAGCCCAAAGGGAGGCAAGAAUUUGCUUCAGCUCACCUUGUUAAUGGCAGAGCAAAAGCUAUGUGUGUGUCAUUCUCAAUCAGUCUACUUUCAGGACUGAUUUUAGAACCCUCUUGUCAGGGAACUGACAUCAGAGCGAGAGGCGAAGGGGAGGCUCUCUGAUGAUGUGGGAGAAGGACCCAGCAGCAGAGGGAGAAACAGCAGCGCAACACCAGGGAUAGAGGGGGGCAGAUGGGGGAAUCGGAGAGAGGGCUCCAGGAUUCUUCACUGGACAUCAGUGAGGAGAGCCCAGGUCCUCCGCUGCCCACGCCCUCCCUGCGCAGGAGGCUCCCGCGCAGUGAGAGGAGGAGGAGACUGGGUGUCAAACAACUUUUAUGUUGGAAGAGGUUCAAGAAACGCCCACUGACGGAUUCUGCCAGCGAUUGAGGCAGCCCACGAUGAGAAGGGGCUGUGCAGUCAGAGAGGUUUUACAAGGCAAAUCAGCCUAGAGAGGCACCAGUUUACGCACGAGUAACUCAUACCCAUUACACCUCUUAUAUCAGGCCACAUGGUCACUGGAGGUGGCCCCAUCAUGCAAACAUGACUAUCCACACAGGGACCAUCUAUUUUUAUUUUUUUCUGAUACUGGAUUUUAAGUUACAGUUACAUCUUUUAAAACAGCUGUCAGUAUAUCACACUGUAUUCCACUUGCCUUCCAAAGGAAUACGUGGCUCUCCCCACAUAGCGGGUUAGGUUGAGACUGCUGAUCCAAAGUGAUCAGUAAUUUUUACGGUAAUUACAAUCCUGCUUUCCCUUGUACCAGCUUACCUUGACUUUAGUUAGGCCUUUGAAAAGGUCCCCCAUGAUAUUAUUGCAAAAAAACUAGUAAAAUGUGGGCUAGACAAAGCUACUGUUAGGUGGAUUUGUAAUUGGUUGACGGGCUGAACCCAAAGAGUGCUCAUCAGUGGCUCACCUUCAUCCUGGAAAAAAAUGACUAUUGGGGUUCCACAAGGUUCUGUCCUGGGCCUGGUGCUAUUCAAUAUUUUUAUAAAUGAUUUGGAUGAUGGAAUAGAGGGUGUGCUAAUCAAAUUUGCAAAUGACUGCAAACUGGGAGGGGUUGCUAAUACACCGGAGGGCAGGGUCAGAAUUCAAAAUGACCUGAACAGCCUAGAGAGCUGGGCCAAAACCAACAAUAUGGAGUUCAAUUAGGAGAAAUGUAAGGUACUACACCUGGAUAGAAAAAAUGAAAUGCACAGGUGGGGGACACUUGGCUUGACAACAGUACCUGUGAAAGGGAUCUGGGAGUCUUAGUCGACCACAAGCUGAAUAUGAGUCAACAGUGUGAUGUGGCAGCUAAGAACGCCAAUGCAAUUCUGGGCUGCAUCAAUAGGAGUAUAGUGUCUAGAUCAAGCGAAGGAAUGCUACCACACUAUUCUGGUUGGCCAGACCACACCUGAAAUAUUGUGUCCAGUUCUGGGCACCACAGUUGAAGAAGGAUAUUGUCAAGCUGGAGCAUGUCCAGAGGAGGGUGACCAAAAUGUAAAGGUCUGGAAUCCAAGCCCUAUGAGGAGAGACUUAGGGAGCUGGAUUUGUUUAAUCUAGAGAAGAGAAGAUUAAGGAGUGACAUGAUAGCCAUGUUUAAAUAUUUGAAGGGAUGUCAUGUUGAAGAGGGAGCAAGCUUGUUUUCUGCUGUUCUAGAGACUAGGAUGCAGAAUAAUGGAUUCAAACUAUGGGAAAAGAGAUUCCACCUGGGCGCGGUAAUCCAGUCAGGGGAAAAGGGAGGCAUACUAUGUUUAGGGCACCGUUUCCAGCCCCUUCCCCUUUUCGGGGUGAGCAUAGUGGAUCCUAAAAAGGGCUGCUCAGUCAUGGAUACAGCUGCUGAGCUGCUCAACUGCCUCAUUCCUUGAGUCAGAACGACUGACCGCCCAUGUGUCGGUUCAUGACUAGGGGCUUCACAUUCCUGCCCCCGUAGCCAUUUAGUGAUCGCCAUGGGGGGAGGGGUUGGGUGGGUUGGGUUGGCUUUUGGAAGACGCCUGUGCGUGAAUUUGUUUUAUGUGUGUAGAUCAGUGCACACUGACCAACGCACAGUCUUCGCAGUAGGGCUCUGUUCUGAUGGCAUGAGUAUUCACGACAAACUGGUGGAUCCUAUCUGCUGCAGCCUUCACCUGCCUUCACAGGCGUUGUAACACACUGCUUGUUAUCACCCGCCUGUUCUGCCGUUGAGGACUUCUUGCAUCAUUCUUUGUCUAGCUCCUUCCCUGUUAUGUACUAAGCUUGGAUCCUAGAACAAUAGACAAGUAGGAUCCUAGAAUGCAAGAACUGAUUGGCUUGCAGGAAAAGACCAAUCAGGCUCCAGGAGGGAAGCAGAAUCAGCCAGUCAGACGGGACUCAUUGUGUAAAUAAUGUAUAUAAAAGCCUGAGGUUUGGGGGGGAAAUUCAGUCACUGUUUUACAAGCUGCAAUAAAGAGCAUGAAAUCACUACAGGACUCUGAGCAUAUUUAAUUUUCUUUGACCUUACCGCCUUGGGUGACCCUGCUGGGAGUACGAGAUUCCCAACGGCUUUGCUCACAAGGGUCAUAUGAAUGUGCAAGCCUACUCACCAUGACAUGUGAGAGAACUGAGAUAGAUUGCACUGAGCCCUGGUCUCAUUAGACAAAGCGUUCCAACAAAAAGGCUCUGGCUCUGGUUGAGGACAGCUGGAUAGGUUUUAGGCCAGGGACCACCAGUAGGUUGCUGUUAGAUGAGCGUCACACUCAUGGGGGGUGUAUUGGAAGAUAAUUCCCACAGAUAAGAAAGGUCACAGCCUGUUUAGGGCUUUAAAGAUUAGCACCAAAACAUUGAACCUGAUUCAAUACUCCACCUGGAGCCAAUCCAGCUGAUGAACAACCAACUGAAUGUGGGCUCUCCACAAAGUCCAAGUAAGAACUCAUGCAUCUGCAUUUUAGACCAUUUGGAGUUUCUGGAGCAGUCUCAAGGGUAGCCCUGCAUAUCUCUCUCUCUCUCUCUCUCUCUCUCUCUCUCUCUCUCACUCUCGAUCACAUUUAUACCCUGCACUCCCCGGCUCAGGUGUACAGCAAGUUAAAGUAGUCUAGUCUGCUGGUGACUACUCCAUGGAUCACCAUGGCUAGGUUGGAAAGGGACAGGUACAGUACCGAUUGCCUAAGCUGACAUAGAUUCAAAAAUGCCAGUUUGGCUACAUUUGUGACCAAUGCCUCCAUAGAGACAGAAGCAUCCAGGAUCACAAAGGGACUCCUGAUGGCAGCUACAGGUGACUAUUGCGCCCCAUGAAGAGCUGGGAGCUGGCAAACCGAACUGAAAUCAUUCUGGCCCAGCCAUUGGGCGCCCAUCUUUAAUGGAUAGAGAUUCAGCCGACUCCAUUUCCUCCAUCCCAGCACACCCACCUAAAAAUUGGCCAAUAUAUCCAGGGUAGCAUCUGGCCAGGGCCAUGAAGCAGAAGAUCCAUGAUGUUUGUGGUCAUAUCUGUGGUUAUGUACAAGAUAUUUGAAUAAAGGGUGAAUUUGGGGUUCCCCAAUGCAAAAAGUGUGAGGAUCCAUGAGGAUCCGUGCUUCAAAACCAUGUUUUGGGGCCAUGGAGUGGCCAGGAAGCCAUGGAUCUCAGUUUUUGUGGUGCAGGCUGUGCCCCUAGCCAUGAUGUGUGAUUUGACGGUGAGUUGGGGCUCGCCCAAUGCAACAAGUGUUAGCCUCCAUGAGGAUCCGUGGUUCGGAACCACGUUUUUGGGCCACGGAGUGGCCAGGAAGCCAUGGAUCCAUGAUUUUUGUGGUGCAGGCUGUGCCCCUGGACAUGAUGUGUGAUUUAACGGUGCAUUUGGGUUGGCCCAAUGCGAAAAGUGUGAGGAUCCAUGAGGAUCCGUGCUUCAAAACCACGUUUUUGGGCCGUGUAAUGACCAGAAAGCUGUGGAUCCUAGUUUUUUUGUGGUGCAAGUUGUAUCCCUGGACAUGAUGUGUGAUUUGACAGUGAGUUUGGGCUGGCCCAAUGCAAAAAGUGUGAGGAUCCACGAGUAACCGUGCUAUGAAACCACGUUUUUGGGCUACGGUGUCGCCAGGAAGCCAUGGAUCCGUGAUUUUUGUGGUGCAGGCUGUGCCCCUGGCCAUGAUGUGGGAUUUGUCGGUGAGUUCGGGCUGAUCUAGUGCAAAAAGCAUGAGGAUCCAUGAGGAUCCAUGCUUCAAAACCACGUUUUGGGCCACGGUAUGACCAGGAUCUGUGGAUCCGUGAUUUUUGUGGUGCAGGCUGUGCCCCUGACUACGACGUGUGAUCUGACGGUGAGUUUGGGUUGGCCCAAUGCGAAAAGCGUGAGGAUCCAUUAGGAUCUGUGCUUCAAAACCACGUUUUGGGCCAUGCCGUGGCAGAUAACCGUGGAUCUGAGUUUUCUGUGGUGCAGGCUGUGCCCCUGGACAUGAUGUGUGAUUUGACAGUGAAUUUGGUGUGGCCCAAUGCAAAAAGCGUUAGGAUCCAUGAGGAUCCGUGGUUUGGAACCACAUUUUUGGGCCACGGUAUGGCCAGGAAGCCGUGGAUAUGUGAUUUUUGUGGUGGAUGCUGUGCCCCUGGACAUGAUAUGUGAUUUGACAGUGAGUUUGGGUUGGCCCAAUGCAAAAAGCGUCAGGAUCCAUGAGGAUCCGUGCUUCGAAACCACGUUUUUGGGCCAUGGCGUUGCAAGAUAACCGUGGAUCCGAGUUUUUGUUGUGUAGUCUGUGCCCCUGGCUAUGAUAUGUGAUUUGCUGUUGAGUUUUGGUUGGCCAAAUGAAAAAAGCGUUAGGAUCCAUGAGGAUCCGUGCUUCAAAACCACGUUUUGGGCCAUGGAGUGGCCAGGAAGCCGUGGAUCCGAGUUUUUUGUGGUGUAAGCUGUGCCCCUGGGAAUGAUGUGUGAUUUGACGGUGAGUUUGGGUUGGCCCAAUGCAAAAAGCGUGAGGAUCCAUGAGGAUCCGUGCUUUAAAACCAUGUUUUUGGGCCACGAAGUGGCCAGGAAGCCGUGGAUCCGAGAUUUUUGUGGUGUAAGCUGUGCCCCUGGACAUGGUGUGUGAUUUGACAGUGAGUUUGGGCUGAUCUAGUGCAAAAAGUGUGAGGAUCCAUGAGGAUCCGAGCUUCGGAACCACGUUUUGGGCCAUGGAGUGGCCAGGAAGCCAUGGAUCCGAGUUUUCUGUUGUGUAAGCUGUGCCCCUGGUAAUGAUGUGUGAUUUGACGGUGAGUUUGGGUUGGCCCAAUGCAAAAAGCAUGAGGAUCCAUGAGGAUCCGUGCUUUAAAACCACGUUUUGGGCCAUGGAAUCGCCAGGAAGCCGUGGAUCCGAGUUUUUUGUGGUGUAAGCUGUGUCCCUGGACAUGGUGUGUGAUUUGACAGUGAGUUUGGGCUGAUCUAGUUCAAAAGCGUGAGGAUCCAUGAGGAUCCGAGCUUCGGAACCACGUUUUUGGGCCAUGGAGUGGCCAGGAAGCCAUGGAUCUGAGUUUUUUUUGGUGCAGGCUGUGCCCCUGGACAUGAUGUGUGAUUUGACAGUGAGUUUGGGUUGGCCCAAUGCAAAAAGCGUGAGGAUCCAUGAGGAUCCGUGCUUCAAAACCACGUUUUUGGGCCAUGGCGUUGCCAGGAAGCAGUCGAUCCGAGUUUUUUGUGGUGCAGGCAGUGCCCCUGGACAUGAUGUGUGAUUUGAUGGUGAGUUUGGGUUGGCCCAAUGCAAAAAGCAUGAGGAUCCAUGAGGAUCCGUGCUUCAAAACCACGUUUUGGGCCACGGAAUGGCCAUGCGGGCGUGGAUCUGAGUUUUUGUGGUGCAGGCUGUGCCCCUGGCUAUGAUAUGUGAUUUGACGGUGAGUUUGGGCUGGCCCAAUGCAAAAAGCGUGAGGAUCCAUGAGGAUCCGUGCUUUCAAAACGUUUUUGGGCCACGGUUUCGCCAGGAAGCCGUGGAUCCGUGAUUUUUGUGUUGCAUGCUGUGCCCAUGGCGAUGAUGUUUGAUCUGAUGGUGACUUUGGGCUGAUCUAGUGCAAAAACCAUGAGGAUCCAUGAGGAUCCGUGCUUCGAAACCACGUUUUUGGGCCACGGUAUGGCCAGGCAGGCGUGGAUCCGUGAUUUUUGUGGUGCCUGCUGUGCCCAUGGCCAUGAUGUUUGAUCUGAUGGUGACUUUGGGCUGAUCUAGUGCAAAAAUCAUGAGGAUCCAUGAGGAUCCAUGCUUCAGAACCACGUUUUUGGGCCACGGUAUGGCCAGGCAGGCGUGGAUCCGAGUUUUUUUUGGUGUAGGCUGUGCCCAUGGCGAUGAUGUUUGAUCUGAUGGUGACUUUGGGCUGAUCUAGUGCAAAAAUCAUGAGGAUCCAUGAGGAUCCAUGCUUCAGAACCACGUUUUGGGCCACGGUAUGGCCAGGCAGGCGUGGAUCCGAGUUUUUUGGUGUAGGCUGUGCCCCUGGCUAUGAUGUGUGAUUUGACAGUGAUUUAGGGGUGGCCCAAUGCAAAAAGCAUGAGGAUCCAUGAGGAUCCGUGCUUCAAAACCACGUUUUGGGCCACGGUUUCCCCACGAAGCCGUGGAUCCGUGAUUUUUGUGGUGGAUUCUGUGCCCAUGGCGAUGAUGUUUGAUCUGAUGGUGACUUUGGGCUGAUCUAGUGCAAAAAUCAUGAGGAUCCAUGAGGAUCCGUGUUUUUAACCAUGUUUUUGCGCCCCUGCGGCCCCCCGAAACAGUGGAUGCGUGAUUUUUUUGAUGCUGCCUACAGAGUAAGACAUGGUCUACAGUAUCAUGGUGGUUUUAUUUAAUUUGAAUGAAAAAAUCAUAUGAAUUCAUGAGGAUCCGUGUAGAUCCGCCUUUUACCUUUUUCCUCAAAUUUGCUGUUUUUAUACAUAAUAUCCUGAUAUUGUUGUAAAUAAAAAUAUGCCCUUUUCCCUUAUGGGGUAUCCAAGAGCCCAUAUAGAGUCCUUACAUAGGUUCCCUAUUGGUAGGAGAAAAUAACAGAGGCCAACCAGAGAAUAUUGAGAAGCAAAGCAGCUAGUAAGCUUGAUCUUUAUUGAUCUGUUGCAACAGGGUACUCCCCUCACACGCAGGAGAGGAAGAGGACCCCCAAAAAUGCUAUGCAAGGGCUUAUAAAGACUUUUGAAAUUCCCAUCCUCUAGAUCAAGACCACCCCCAGAAACAUUAUGCAUUCAUCGCAGAAGGGGUGUAACCUAAGACCACCCCUCAGAUAAGGCGGUCUAAAACAGAACAUUUGCAUGUUGUUUUCUCCUGUCGCUUUGUUUAUUUCCUGUCUGGCAGGUUACUUGAUUGGAUUUCUUGGGAGCCUUGGCAGUCUUUUGUAAUGAUAAGGCUCACACCCUUAUUCAAACACAGAUUAAGAUAGGAUUUGUGAAGGAAGAGACAAUGGGGAGGCUUUUCCAUUUUUACCAUGCAGAGAAACAUUUGCUCAGUUUAGGAAUCAAAAUGGUUCCAGGUUGGCUUUCCUGUGCUGAUCUAUGUACGUGUGGUUAUGAACGUUGCCAUAUAUCUAAAACCAUAAAAUUCCUAUCACAAUAUAUAGUAACAUUAGUCACAAUUGAAACCUAGCAUCCUUUCAUUAUUUUAAAAGUUUGCUUGCUAUUCAGAAGUAAAUGCUGCUUUAAAAACCCAAACAAACCAUUGCUGCAGUGACUCUGUAUUUAAUUGUUUUGUUUUGUUUUGCAGCCUGGUGAUCCGUGGAGACCGCGAUGAACAUGCUGUGUUAUGCAGCAAAGAUAAAACCUAUGACAUGAAAAUAGCAGAUACCUCUAAUACAUUGCUUUUCAUACCUGGCUGUGAAACUCCAGAGCAGCUUGGCAUAAACAAGACAGCUUCUAAUAUACUUUACACUCAGGUAUUUUGUGUGUGAGUGAGUGAGAGAGACUUUUCUGAAGCCAACUGCAAAUGGCUAACUAUCUUUGAAAAUGUAGGUUCUAACCCACUCCUGUUUAUAUACUCUUUUAAAAAUAAUCUAUCACAUUUAUAUCCUUCCUUCCUUCCAUGGCAUUCAAAGUGGUUUAUAAGGGGUGGUCCUGUCUUAUGCUUAGUGCAAUUCUAUGAUUUGGGUUAGCGGAAUAAGAAGGAUUGAUCCAAGAUAACCUAAAAAGUUAAUGGUUGAACAGGAAUUAGAACACAGGGCUGGUUUUGGUGGUUGGAUGACCCAGUUUCAAAUCAGGUGCCAUCCAUAGCAUUAUUUUUUCCCCAUUUUUAGCUGCAUGAUUUACAAGCGUCUUACGUCUCUUAAAAAAAAAGUGUAUGUGGCAGAACACUAGUAUGAAUUCUUUUCCUAUUUGAAAGUUGCCAUUCUGGUGGCAAGAAGACCAUGAAGCAGAUACAGGAGUUAUUGUGGCCCUGCACGUUCAUAGGGCAAGUCCUGUUUGUUUUUCAUUGGCCACCACUCAAAUGCAAAAAGAACAGGAAGGAGGCACGGAACCAUAAAUAAUGCAAAAAGGAGAAAUGUGUUCUGCAAAAGGGUCUUCCCUACAGUACCAACUAGGCAGCAAUGUUUGUGCAAGCAGCUUCAGCUGUUCUACAACAUUUUGAAGUUUUAAGAUUGCUCCCGCAGAUGGAACUUGUGUUCUGCAACACAUUGAGCUUCUAAAUCUUAUUAGUUGUUGCUUUUGGGAACACGUUUCUCCUUUUGCAUUCAUUCUUCUUCUCACCACCUCAAUGGCUACCUUCCGUUGGAAACUGAAAAGGUGCCCUCUGAAGGAGCAUCUAAUAUGCCAAACAGAGGGGCAUAUUAUCGUUUUUCAUUACAAGGUCUGAUGUUGAUCAGGGGAUCUCUGUCUGCGACUGACAGAUUUAAAUAUUAGUCGUGGCAAAUUCCAAUUAAGGCUAUUGCUAUAGAUUGCAGGCUUCUCCAAUAAUUACUGGGAACUAAGAAGAUGCCGACCUAAGUUAAAGAAACUCAAGAAACUUCUGAUGGAAAAUCCUUAUGAAGGACCAGACAGUGAAAACGAGAGAAGUUCGACUAAAUCAAAGGUAAAAACGGGAGAGGAGUUGGUGGAAAAGCUUCUUUGGCAUCAGCUUUUUAAAAAUGCAUAGUUUAGAUUGCUCUUGUGAAAGAAUAGAAAUGAAGCUAUUAAUUGAUUGCAAGGUAAUGAGUGUAACUGGUGAAUAUCAAGUGAUAUUAAACACUGCCCUACCUUACACCAAUCCUGUAAGGUAAAAGUGUGUAUUAUUCUCUCCCUGUUGGUGGAAGUGAACUGAGUAGGAAGGGAGAGAGAGACUUGGCUAAGGUCACCUAACAAGCUCACAGCAGAGAUGAACUUUGAAUCCUCUGCUUCACCUUCUCUGUUACCCAGUGCUAGUUCUCAAAGGCUUAUGUUUCAAAACAUAAAGCUAGCUCCAAGAGUACUAGAAGGUUCAUUCCUUUUGGCUUCUCUGCAACCAACAGAUUAGUGGAUAUGGUGUUCAAGAAGAUGGGACUCUACUUCUAUUUAACACAUAAUUCAAAACAAUUAAGGUUGUCAGAAAAAUUAUAUUUUAAAGAGUUUGAAUUACUUCACAAAUCUUAAAAAUAAGUUGAUGGGGUUUUUUUUUGUUUUUUCCCCUCUUUUUGACAUUGUUACUUAAGUAUCUGUCAUUAUGAUAAGUGAGGCAUGUGCUGAAAUAGGACUUGCUUGCCUCAAGGACUUGGGAUUGGUGCAGUGUACGCUUGUCCAGUUUGAGAGUAAUAAACAUUAUCUCUUUCCUACAUCCCCUUCCCACUGUGGGAUGUAGCAUUAUGGAGGGUUUUAUCCAAGGAAAUGUAGUUAUCCCAUUAGUGCGAGAACUUCCACCUCCCCCACAUCCCUCCCAAUAUGUUCUGGAGUACGCCCAACCUAACAAAAGAGAAGGGGGUGGUCACAGGAGAGGAGAAGAAGUCCCAUUGCAUGCUAACAGUAUAAAUUCAUUGGAUACAACCCUUACAGACAGAUAGUCAUAAAGUCUAGUAUGAGAAUAAAUAUUGGCUUAAUAAUUUUGUGUGUCUUUUACAGUACACAACAGAAGAGUUACUUGAACAGGUCCAAGCAAGUGAGGAAGAAAUAAUGGAUCAACUGAAGGUUCUAAAAGCAUGCCAAAUUGAAGGUAUUUGGAGAUAAUCUGGAGCUCAUAUUUUUAAUGUGUGGGGGGGUCUAUUUGCAUUGUUUUCUCCCUGUCUCUUAGAAUUCCUUCUUAUCUAAAGGUUUCUGAGCUUUAAAGGUUGAUUUACAUGAUUCUACUGUAUUGUAACAAGAAAAGGAGUAGAUUAAAAUUACUUGCAAGGAUUUUGAUGGAUAAUUAUGGGCGUAUCUUCUUUUGACUGACCACGGUGGCUAUGGUGACUGUAGGAAGCUCUUUUUUCCAGAAAAGUAGCACAGCAUUUUCUUGUUCCUACUCUAGCCUACUUUCCUCAGUUUUUAUUAAAAGCCAAUUUUUGUGCUCUGUUUGUGUGGCACUCCAUUUUUCAGGACAGAGGCUGUGCAGAUAAGAUUGGGUUCCAUUUUCAGGGGCUCCCAUUGAGUUCUAUGAGACAAAGUAACAGGCUGUAAUCUUGAACACCAUUUGGGUGUGCAUGUAGAGGAGCACAUGUGUGUGUGUGUGUGUGUGUGUGUGUGUGUGUGUGCAUAGAAGAGAACCUUUUUUUUUGACAACUAUGCGAAACAAAUCUGCUGUGUAUGAAUUGUCCCCGGUAUCAUAACAAUGGGUACUUGGCUAGCAUGUGACAAGUGCCUCUUGUUUAAAAAGAUGUGGAAGAUCAUAGUCUACUUUCCAUAGAAUAAGUUUUACCAUUUCUGCUGGUUUUUGAUUAUGACCUUGCUUCUCUGCUUGGCAGGUUGUUGGCGGAUUCUAGACUUUGAUUAUGAGAUGAAAUUGUUGAAUCAUGUGACACAAUUGAUAUAUACAGAGUCCUGGCCAUUCAGCAAGGUCCCUUUAAGCAUAUGUCUUCAAGAACUCGGACCUUUAGAGCCCAAGUAAGUUCUUUUGUUAGCCCUUGCAUAAAAAUGUAAGGUCCAGAAUUUUAGUCCAGCAUUUUAGUCCAGAAUAGAAGGGUCCACCCUCACCCCCAGUUUUCGUUACGAAGGUGCUCUUGUUCUGUUGGUUAUAACAGCUCCAUCCUCUGGACCACUUCAGAUACAUAAAAUAUCAACAGGUGCUGGAGGGGAUGUUCAGUGGAACCAUAGCUGUCAACUUUCAGAUUUGAAAAUAAGGGAUCAGCAGCCUCAAAAAUAAGGGAUCAGCAGCCUCACCUGUCCCGGGGACAGUCUACGGAAUAUCUAACAAUCCGGGAUAGCAGCGGGAAACGGCACUGGAAUAAGGGAAUUUCCUGCAAAAAAAGGGAAGGUUGACAGCUAUGAGUGGAACAUCAACACAUGGGGAUGCUUAACCCUAUCCCCAAUUAUGCAGCUAUGAUGCCCAAACAGACAAAAAGAGUUCCCAUUGGCAUAAUAACGAAUGGAAUACAGGCACAGUUUCCGGCAAACAGUAGGAGAAUGGGGAAAACCCAGUUGCUAUUUACAAAUUUAAGUACAGGUGUUUUUUUUUUGUUUUUUUCAAACCUGAAGAAAUAUGAGGAUCAAUUGAGAUGGCCAAAUUCUGUAACAUAUGGUAAUAUAAUUUUUGAUCAUAUACUAAAAGUAGACAAAACAUUUGUUCCAGGGAAAUGAUAGAACACAUUCUUGUGAGUUAUGGAAAGAGAUACAUUGAUGAAGGUAAGUUAGUUCCAUGAGUGCAUGUUUUUUUUUAAGUAAUAAUGUUAAAGCACCUGAUUAAAUAGUUGUAGGCAGGGAUUGACAAAAGUAAAGACAGUGUAUCUGGUCAAAUGUGAGUAGCGGAAGCAUUGGUGCCAAAUUAGCUGUAAUAGAGACAACCUGUUUGUUUAUACCUAUGCUGUGAAACACAGUUGCUGUUAUGCAAAUCUAAAAUUAUUGCCUAGAAGUUUAAACCUUCUCAUGCACACUACGUAGGUCAUUGUAUCACCCAGUUUAAAUCCAGGUUUGUGCCACAUGCUUUGCUUGCAGCCAAGCCUCAGUGAAGGAGAAAAGGGCAUAGGAUGAGGGAGAAGGAGAGUGGCAGUGGUUGGGUCCCUAACUUGUAGAGUCAUUUUAUUCUAAAACUGACAGCAUACUCCCUGGUGAAUAUACAUUGUUAGGGCACACUUACGAUAUAUCCAAAUUUGCCCAAACUGCAUAAUUUUAAAGUGACUGGGUUUUUAUUUAAGAACUCAGAUAAAGGAUGGUAUUUAAUUAUGUUUUACUGAGAGUGGACCCACUGAAAUUAAUGAACCUAAUUUAAUCAUGUUCAUUUAUUUAAGUGGGUCUGCUGUGAGUAAAAAUUAGUUGACUACCACCCAUAAUUUCUUGUGUUCUUAAUACUCAUUCCUAGGCGAGACUUACUUUGAAAUGAAUGAAGAGAAGAUAUGCAGAGCAACAGCACAGAUGCUCUUACAAAACGCAGUCAAAUUCAGUCUCGCAGAAUUCCAAGAAGUAUGGCAGCAGAGCGUUCCUGAAGGAAUGACGACUAGACAGGACCAGUUAAAGGUAAAAUAAAGCCAGCAAUUUACAUCCAUGGAAACGGCGUGUGUCAGGUGUAGAACUGGUGCUCUCAAGGCAGGAGAAAAUGGAACUGCUCUGCAGGAGGAGACUCACUGUGUUUGAGUGGAUCAGGCCAGAGUUCAAAACCCACCUUUUAUGGUUUUUGUGAGGAUGAGGAAAGGUGAGGGCUGGGUUCACCAACCCUGAGCUCUUCAAAGUAAGAGCAGGACAAAAUGCAAUGAUUCUGUUUUCUAUUUCUUCUUAUUUCAAGGGGUUGGCGCUUGUGGACAAAUCCUCCAGACCAGAAACCAUUUCCUUCCUAAAUGUUGAAGACUUACCAGAAGAUAACCAGGAAAGAUUUAACAGUUUAUUUGCUAUUAGGGAGAAAUGGACAGAGGCUGAUAUAGCUCCAUAUAUACAGUAAGUAAUAAAAAUACUGAAUGUUACAGAAUCACAAACAUACCUCAUUUUUUGUUUCACGGGGCACAAUUCACCAUGAACAUCUUCAUAUCUUUUAAUGGAAUGGCUUCACUUUUUGCAGCAUAAACUUAAGUCUCAUUGCUUUCAAAGCUGUUCACAACCCAACUUUCUCAUUUCCUUCUGCACCUUUUCCUGUUACUUUGUUCUUUGUUUCCACUGCUGUUCUUCAAUCCAGAGUGUGUGGCAUUUGAUAUGAUAUACUGUAAUACUAGGGAUAAAUCAAUAAUUUGUUUUGGAGUGUUUUAAAAGUAACUGAAGCAAAUGGUCCUUCUGUGUGGUCUUUGAAGUUGCAUGAAUAGUGCUUGUAUUCUCUUUUUCAGGGACUUAUGUUCAGAGAAGCAAACGAUUGGUACGUUGCUGACAAAAUAUGCUCGUUCUUCAGUGCAGAAUGGACUUAAAGUUUAUAAUUCUAGAAGACCCGUUUCAUAAGAAGUAAUACUGAUUACUGACUGAAGAGAACAUACAGAUUGGUGGCUCAAAUUUGGAAUGGAGUUGUUGGGAUUUUUGCAGCAAUGGUUAAAAUCCUAGGGAUUUUCUGUUAAUCAUGUAUCAAUGUUGAAAUGCAUUGGAAUUAUUUUAUAGAUAAAACUGAACUGUUUUGAAAAGCUAAAAAUGCAGUGUACAAAUACUUUCUUUAAACGUUCUGCAACUGUCUCUAGUUAAUAUUAAAACCUUAUUCAUAAAGCUGUGUUGGAAUCGGGGUAAAAAUCUCUUGGACUGAUGUAUAGUAAAGCAUAUAGUAGUAUCAUAUUGUAAUAUGUAGAGGGGCCAGUAACAAAACCUACUGAAAGAAGGAAAUUGAGAUAUGCGUACAUGUGGGGUGUUUAUAUAUUUCUUGCCCAUGGUACUGCAACCCAUCUCAGUCACAGAAGGCAUAUUAAAAUCAAAUUUUAAAACCUGCUUGUGAUACAGGGCUGGGGUGGGAUGGGAGACAUGUCACCAUGCUAUCUCUUUGGACUUGGCCAAUGAUAUCUAAACAGGUCUUGCCCUAUUUGUAGACUCCUUGCUGUGGAUGAAAGACAUUGGAUGUGAGUCACAGCUAAAAUUCUCCUGUGUUGCAGCAUGUCACUCAUGCCCUGUCACAUUUUAAACACACUUUGCACUGUGGCAGCAUGCUACAGGUAAUGUUGACUCGCAUGGUAAGUGCAUUUGAACAUGACAGGGUGUUAAUAUGUUUACAUGGGUGACUUUACCAAUGCCUCAAUACAUGUGUAAUGAUGAUAGCUGUAUGACAAUUACAGGUUCAGGUGCAACUUGUUAGUGUUCCAGGGAGCAAUGAUGGGAGCGGGCUAUUUCCUUCAUUUCCUUAUAGGAAUGAUCAGCCUCUGUGGGAAACAGGAUGCUGAAUUUGAUGGGCCUUUCGUUUGACCCUGUAUGUGAAGCAGGCAGGCUCCAGCAAAAUGAGCGGAAGAGACCAAUAGUGGGGUCCAACGUUCAAGCAGGUGGUUUCUGCAUGUGCUGCAGAGGGAAAUGAGGGGCAGAUGGGGCUCAUCAACCAGGGAAGGUAGGCCAUCUAGGAGAAGGAAGACGCUGAUCCUAAACCACUGGGUUAGAUUGUGUACAGCUGUGUUAAUGCAGCAAUGGUUACCAUGAAAAGGGGGAGGGUGUCAGCAUUUUCAUUCUCCUGUUGCUGGAUGUGGGAUUGUUACAUGUCUGUGUUUACUUUCCAUGCUUGGAAAGUGUGGGAACGGAAGCCAGUCCUAUCUCUUCUGUUGGAUUGUACUUUUGUACUAUUUACUCUCUCUCUCUUGGAGAAGUUGUGAGAGGACGCCAUGAUUGCUUUGUCCUGAAUAUGUUGCUUAAUAAAUAUAACUUAGAUGUCACACCUCAUCGCCUCAGCUUCCAGCCUUACUCUGCUGCUUGAGAGUGCACAUAUUUUCGGGUAUGUGUCACUGCUGCGCACUGGGACUGAAGGGUUAUGAACGUCCAGGGCUGCACUCCACAAGGAGAGGUUUGUCUCAGUUUGGGGGCUGUGCGGUGACACCCUCCAGCCCUUCCGACAGAAAAGGCUCAGGAGUAAACCCUACACAAAUCCAGAGUGGAGCCCCUUAGACGGUGCAGAUGUCAAAUGUCUUGCUCUGCUUUCCUUUGGACCACAUCAGUGAGGCCGAGAGGGGGGUUUUGUCGUCUGGGCAGCCUAGGACCUCCAGACAGACUGCCCAUGCUUGCACCCCGGGAAGGUCACUUUGGUGCUGGUAGUGCAGCGGUUUGACUUCAUCUCCA